AUGUGCCCUUUUUGUAACCUUGCUAGUGAAUCCAUUCAUCACGUUCUUCUUCAGUGUGGCUUUGCUCAAUCUUAUUGGAGAGUUUCAGGUGUUAAUAUGGCUGCUGGGUUAGGGGUAGACUUUAGUAGCUGGUUCUUUAAUGUCGCUGAAACUCAAAGCCGGGUAUUGGUGUGUGAAGCGGCAAUGGUUGGUUGGAAAAUUUGGGCUGCAAGAAAUGAUGUGCUGUGGAAUAGUAAAACCUGUUCGACUAUGGAGGUGGUUCGGUCAGCUAGAGUUGUCAUUGACCAAUGGAAGAAUGCUCAAUCUCAAAAAGGUGGUGCGUUGCUAGUUAAUGAUAUUAAUAAUGCAUGUGAGCGUUGGAGGAAACCUGUGUUCAAUACGGUUAAGGUGAAUGUUGAUGGAGCUAUUUUUGAAGCUGAAAACAAGUUUGGUGUUGGUUGUGUGGCUCGUGAUUCCAAUGGUUGUUUGAUUACGACCUUGUCUGUAAGUCGUUUUGGCUUAGUCAAGGCGGAAAUUGUUGAAAUAAUUGGGAUCAAAGAAGCCUUGAGAUGGAUAAAGAAGAAACAGUGGACUAAUGUUGUAAUUGAAACUGAUGCUUUGGUGGUGGUUCAAGCUAUUAAUAGCUCUAUUCUUAUGCCUUCUCAGUUUAGAUUACUAGCUCGGGAUUGCCAUGAGAUGCUUUCUUCUUUUACUAGUGUUUAUUUGAUUUUUGUUAAACGAUCUGCUAAUAAGGCUGCUUAUUGUGUUACUAGAGGGUCUUGUUAUUUGUCAGAUUGUGAAUAUAGUGAGCAUGAUGCUCAUAGCGCUCUAAAGAAUAUUAUAUCUUCUGAAUGUUUUUGA